GCAAAGCUUCAGGUGCAUCUAAGCAAUUUAUCUGCAUCAAUACCCAUUACUACAAGAAUGGCUGUCUCCGUACUUCGGCUGACAAUUGUCCUGGGACUGCUUGUCUUAAUCCUGACCUGCCAUGCAGAUGACAAACCAGAUGACACACCAGACGAAAAGCCUGAAAACAAGCCAGAGGAUUCAGGCAAAAAUCCAGAGCCAGAUUUCCCCAAAUUUCUGAACCUCCUGGGCACAGAGAUCAUUGAGAAUGCAUUCGAGUUCAUACUCCGUUCCAUGAUGGCCCGGGGAACGUAAGAGCUGAUACCAACCUUGCUAGUUCACUUCUCUGUAGAUGAAGACCCCACUGCAACCAGGAGUAGUGGUGCACACCUAUAAUCCCAGAGCUCCAGAGGCUGAGGCAGGACGAUUGCAAGUUCAAAACCAGCCUCAGCAACUUAGCAAGGACCUAAGCAACUUAGAGACCCUGUUUCAAAAUAAAACAUUUUUUUUAAAAAAAUCAUUGCAUUCAAAUGAAUGAAAAACAAAGUUGGAGGUACAAGCCAAUGCACUGUUUUCCAUUGAAAAACCUUGCUGUACUUUAAAAUGUGUUGGACAUCUCAUUGAAUUGCCCUUAACUCUUUUGGUGUGAGUGCAUUCCCAUGAAGUGGUUCCAUGAGAUAUUUGUUUUACCCUCAAGACCAGAUAGGAGGAGGAAGAGCACUGGACCAGGGGACAGAAGGCCAAGAUCUGGUCCUGACUCAGCUGCUAUUUUACCAGGUGGUCGUGGGCAAGGCUCUCUCCCUCUCUGAGUGCCUUCCUUGGCUCAUUUGUAAAGCUGAAGGAAUAAAGGGUCUUCCAGUGCGUGAAUGGGGUAAAGGCAAGGGAUGGUGGUAGGUUCAUUAGUGGUGGGCACCUUGAGCCCUGUGUUUAUUUCCUAACUUGAGUAGCUCAAGAGGUCCAACAGAGAUAGCUGAUAACCUCUCAGAACGUCUGAAGAAGCUCUCCAGGUGGCAUGUUUUCAUAAUGCCGAUCGCCUUAGUGACAGGUUACUCCUCCCACAUCUUUCCAAUGUUCUCAGCCUGCUUCCAAUACCCUGUGCCCAACUGCUCUGAUUUUACACCAUUUCUUCAAAUUACUCUUUGUUCUAAUGUACCCAAUGCCAGCUCUCUGAGACCAAACACACUAUCCUGUGAACUUCCAGGUGGCUUCCAUUUUCUCCUCUCAACCUCUUCUAAUUCUCUCCUGCAUAGACCCCUGAACAGUUAGACCUGUUGUGGUCUAUUACCCACCUGCUUCAGGAUUCACAUUCCUGGAUCCCAUCUUGCAUCUACCUGAAGACAUCUGUCUUGCUUCUUUGACAAGCUUUCCGGGGGAUUCUGAGAUGGAAGCCAGGCCCCAUCAGAUGCUCUGCUAUGCACUGCUGUUCCUUAAAGUUCCAAUGAACCUUUAAAUUUUAUUCAUAUUAUAUAUAUAUGUGAAUCCUUGCAUUUUUCUAGGGAAAAAGUUAAUGGCUUCUAUUA